GGUGACAGGUGGGUCUCGGUUCGCGUGAGCACGAACCAAAAGAUAUCAACUGCGGGACGUGAUUUGGCCCGGCGGAAACGAGUUCUCUUGACGACGACGGCUCCGGAUCGCCGAAAAUAUAAGCUCGAGUCGCAUCAGCAAGACAGUUGCAACAACGUCGCCAACUCAAAAAGGCUCAUCUCCCAUUCAGACGUCAUUCCGAGAGCCAUCAUGGCCUGGUUAUUCGUAGAAUUGGCCAAUAAAUCAGUUGUUCUCAUUCAGGCACCAGUCGACUGCAUUUUCGAGCUCUCCUCGGUUUUUAUCAACCCUCCCAGCGGGACUCGAUCCGCGACAGUGCAGCGACUAGGCUCGACACGUUAA